UUGUGUCGGAUCGAUGAUGAUCAAAUCGAGAAGAGGAGGAUAUAGGGCACUCAUUCGAUUCGUGUCAUCAUAGAGAGUAAGACUAAGUAGAGUAGAGUUGAAACAUCGUCUUGGGGUUUUGCCUCUCUCCCUCUGACAGCCUGCCACUUUCUAGGGACUUAAAAGUACAUCUUCUGACUACAGUAGUACAGCAGUUUCACCACACAAAAAUCAGCAUCAUGUCGGGAAUUUUCCGUAGGAAAGCAAACGCAGUGAUGGAGUCUGUUGCGACGGGAAAAGACCGCUGGGUUUCUUGGUUGAAAGGCACAACAUUGAAAGUGAUGGGUUUUCUCAUGCUUGGCACACUACAGCUGUGGAUUUCACUUUUCCUGUAUGGAAGUUUCUACUAUUCUUACAUGCCUACAGUUGCACACAUCAGCCCUGUCUUUUUGCAGUUCAGUUCAUGUGUGGAGUAUGGCACUCAACUGAACUGUCCGUUCCCAAGUGUAAAUACAACCCUGGUGAAGAACUUGGAAGGAGGGACGAGCUUGUUGAUGCGUGGUCAGAGAUACCAGGUUCUGCUUGAGUUGGAAAUGCCUCAGUCUCCGGUCAAUGAAAACCUCGGUAUGUUCAUGGUUAAAGCGGACAUGUUAUCAUUGGGUGGCGAGGUCACGGCAACUUCAUCACGUCCAGCCAUGUUGCGCUACAGGUCCGGCCUGCUGAAAUUGAUGGAGACGUUGAUAUUGUCUCCUUUCAUGUUGUCUGGAUACAGUGAAGAGAAACAACUGAUCCGCGUCAGUUUGAUCGAGAGUUUUGUUGACAAUCCUUAUAAACCAACGACGGGGGUUUAUGUGGAGCUUCAAGCCAGGCAACUACAGGUUUACUCUUCAGUGCUAAAGAUUCAAGCUUACUUCUCUGGUCUCAGGUUCUUGAUGUACCAUUGGCCGCUGACCACCGCCCUAGUCUUCAUCACCAUGUUCUUUGUCUUCCUCUCGCUCAUCACUGUCUUGUCAUGGCAGCAGUGUAUCAAGUCAUUCUCAAGUCAGGAGGAAGAGUUGGUGGUUAGGAUGGACGAUGUUUACUCCGUGGGGUACGAGGAACGAAGGAGGAGGAUCAAGAAGAACUUGGAGUCUGAGCGAGCUGUUUUAUUCCGGGGCCGUCCAUCAAAUGUGAAAACUGUUGGGAACUGUGAGGAUGAUCGAGAGUCUCAUAGUUCAGGAAUCAGCAGCGUUGGUGACGUAGGCUCAUCCAUCAUCAUUGAAACGAUCAAACCAAGCCAAGGAGCGGGAUCCUCAGGUAGUGGCUGGGAGGACGGGGAUAAGCAGCCAACUCCAAACGAAGUGGCAAUCUUGGAAGAUGUACAAGAGAAGGUCGAAGUUAAAGAAAAGGAAGUAGAAGUUGUCGAAAAGGUACAAGAAGAGGCUAAAGAAAAAGAUGAGAAUGCAAAUAAAGAAGAAGCUGAAGAGGUUGUCGAUGGGAUGGCUGGUGAGAUUGAGACGGAUGCUGAGCCACAAUCUUCAGAUGGUAGCUGGGAGGUCCUGGACAAGCAGUCGGCUUCCAACGAAGUGGCAACCACCGAAGAGGAGACCUUGGAGAAAGAUGCGGAAGAUGUACAGGAAAAGGUAGAAGAAAAAGGAAAGGUACAAGAAGAAGUUGAAGAGGUUGUAGAAGGGUUGGCUGGUGAGAUGGAGACAGAUGUUGAGCCACUUGUACCUGAAGGUGAGGAAUUGAGACGACGCUUGAGGGAUCCCGACACCACCGACCAAUAGCGCUUUCAAAGACUGUCAUUGUGAACAUCACAUCUGGGCCCAAUUUCACAAAGCUGUUAAGCAGAAAAUAGUGCUUGACGAAUAUCUCUGCUAAGCACAAAAUA